GUACAGAGUUCCCGCCUCUCCGCGGCCGCACGGGCAUAUGUGAUGAGCGGGCCUUUAAAUAAAGCGCCGUGAACAAUUUCAUGCUGUUCUUUUGGUCCCCUCCGACCAGCCUGCCAGCCCCAUCUCUCCCUCACCUCAUCAUCAUCUCUGGACCUCCGGAGACGUGUUUCGGACUUCUCCGGGCUUCGUCUCUAACCUACAGCAACCAUGCCCAGCAAGAGAAAGAAGAAUAAGCGCCGUAUGAGGCGAGCGAUCGCACAGCAGAGGGUGCUGGAAGAACAAUAUGCGGCCUCUGGAGCCAAGGGAACUCCCGCGCUCAUGGUGGCCGCUCCGGUCGUACACGCCCCCAAACCCCCAAAGACUCCCAAACCCCCCAUGGCCACUAAGGCGGACUUCGCCAAAAAACCAAAGAACAGAGAACGCCUGGUACCCGCCCCUGCCCCUGUCCCAGUCGUCGUCCCCGAACCAGAACCCGAAAUCGAGGUCUGCCCUCCCGCCCCAGAACCCGUCAUUGCAGAGGUGGCUGCCCCCGCCGCCCCUGUCGAACUCGAACUCGAAGCCGAAAUCGUACCAGAGAUUUCCGAGUGCCCGCCGGUUGAAGCGCCCGCCCCCGUCGUAGAAGAAAUCGUAGCAGAGGUUUCAGAAUGCCCGCCAGUUGAGGCAGAGGCACCCGCCGUCGUCGAAGAAGAAAUCGUGGCAGAGGUUUCAGAAUGCCCGCCGGUUGAAGCAGCCGCCCCCGUCGUCGAAGAAAUCGCACCAGAGAUUUCAGAAUGCCCACCAGUCGCAGAGCCAGAAGCAGAGGCCGUCACAGAAGCAGAGGCCGUCACAGAAGCAGAGGUCGUCACAGAAGCAGAGGCCGUCACGGAAGCAGAGGUCGUCACAGAAGUAGAGGCCGUCACGGAAGCAGAGGUCGUCACAGAAGCCAUCACAGAAGCAGAGGUCGUCACAGAAGCAGAGGCAGAGCCUGAGGCCGUUGUUCUGGACGAGCCUGAAGUAUUGAAGACGCCCGAGCCUGAAGCUGAGGUUGAAGCUGAACCCGAGGCAGUUCCUGUUGCCGUUGCCGACGCAGAGGAAGUGGCCGUUGCCGAGGAAGUGCCGGUCGUCGCCGAGGAAGAGGUGCCCGUUGCAGUGGCAGAAGAAGAGCUUCCUGUGGAAGAGGAGCCCCUCGUGUGUUCACUACCGCCAGAGCCAGUUCUAGAGGUCGAGGCUGAACCUGUUAUCGCUGAAGCAGAAGCAGCACCCUGUGAGGCAGAAGUUGUUGAGGCGAUCCCAGAGACGGCAGACGCAGUGGAUGGCGGAAUUGUUAUCUGUGAGCCUGUCGCUGUUGUUGCUGAAGUCGAAGAGGAAGAAGAGGCGGCGCUCGCACCCGAGCCCACUCUUGAAGCACAAGAAGAGACCCUAUUGGUGGCCUCUGAGCCCGUUGCGGAAGUGUCGGCCACACCUGAGCCUGAAGACACAGUAGAGGAGGAAGAAGAAGAAGCCGAGAUAGUCGUUUGCCCCGCUGAGCCCGAGGCCGCUCCAGAGACACUAGAACUUGCCGAACCCGCUGCUGCUGACUUAGUGAGUGCACAAGCCGAAGACGUAGUGGUGGACGCCGCCAGCGAAGAGCCAGUGGCGUUGGUGGAGGCCGUAGUGGAGCAGGUGGUGGCAGAGGCGGUGGCAGAGGUGGUAGCGCCGGCGGUGGCGGCCGCAGUAGCUGAGGCCGAGGCCGAGUCUGAGCCAGAGGAAGCAGCCACGGGUGUGGUGGAGGUUGAGCAGCUACCUGAGGAGACUCCGCUCCCUGCCACUCCCGAGCCUGUGCUGUGCGAGGAUGUGCCCGCCCAGAUUGAGGAGGCCCUUGUGGUUGAGGCCGCCCCAGUUGAGGUCGUCGAGCCCGUGGUGGCUGCAGUUGACCCCGUUAUUGACGCCAUCGCUGAGGACUUUGUCGUGACGGAAUCCGCCGUCGCCGUGGAGGCAGCCAUGUCUGUACCUGCUGAGGUCGAGGAACCAGUUGCCGUGAUCGCAGCUGAGGAGCCCGUGGCUGCCCCAGAGCCUGUGGCUGUCCCCGAGCCCGUGGUUGUGCCCGAGCCUGUGGCUGUCGUCGAGCCUGUGGCUGCCCCUGAGCCCGUGGCUGCCCCUGAGCCCGUGGUUGUGCCCGAGCCCGUGGUUGUGCCCGAGCCCGUGGCUGUGCCCGAGCCUGCGCCUGUUGAAGCCAUCGUGGAGCCAACACCUGCCCCAGUGACCGAAGUCAUCAAGGCUAAGGAAGAGAUUGUCGCUGAAGUGGAUAUUGAAACAAAGGUUGUGGAGGCCAUGAAUGGACACGUAGCAGCAGAAGUUGCUAUUGAGAGCUAAACCUGAAGUGUGCACAAAGGGACUUCAAAAAACAUCUCCAUUCAAAGUGCCUUUCCUGCGUGGGCGCUCAAAAAAAACGUGCUUGGAUGAAGGGAGUGGAUUUCAGACAAGAUGUCUUGAUUGUUUUUUUCAUGUGAAUACUGGCUCUCUAUAAUUGGCGUCCGUUUUUUUUGUCAUGCAUCAUUUACAGCAACUGUGAAUUUGCAUACAACGUAUGGUCGAGAAAGGAAAUAUCACAAUUUAUAUGUUCAUAUUUGGACCAUUUUUGUAUUGAAAUGUUUUUUUUUUCCUUUGAUUUGCCUUUUUUUUUCUUUUGAUUUUUUUUUUUUGUAAAAGCAGUUUGGACUGUAGAGCUGCCUCCACGGGCUCCUGUUUACUACUUCAGACGGUGCCUUUUUCCUUAAGUUUGAAUGGGAUUCAAGAGAGGAGCUCUUUUGUUGAGUGAGUGAGAGUGUGUGUGUUUGAGCGAGCGUAUGAGUGCGCGAGUGCAUGUGUGAGUGUGUGUGUGCGUGUGUUAGUGUGUGUGUGUUUGUGUGCGUGUGUGUAUGUGUGUGUGUAAUGUCUAUGUGCUGUGUGCCACUUGUAACUUACGGCAAGUGUUCCCGCACCAGCGCUAUGAUACUGGAGAAAAAAACUGCAUCCAUUCUCUGAAAUCAGGACUGGGAGAGGUCUGACUCUCAGGCCACAUGGUGUUGUCAACUCCUCUUCCUCCUCCUCCUCUCCCUCCUCUACCUCCUCCUCUCCCUCCACUUCCUCCUCCUCCUCUCCCUCCUCUACCUCCUCCUCCUCCUCUUCCUCCUCCUCCUCUCCCUACUCUCUCUCCUCUCCUCCUCCUCCACCACCUCCUCCUCCUCUCCUCUUCUCUUUCUCCUCCUCCUCUCCCUCCUCAUCUUCCUCCUCCUCAUCUUCCUCCUCCACCUCCUCCUCUCCUCUUCUCUUCCUCCUCCUCCUCUUCCCCCUCCUCCUCCUCUUCCUCCUCCUCCUCCUCUACCUCCUCGUCCUCCUCUAUCUACCUUUUGUAAAACAACUCUAUUUGGUACAAAAUGGCUGCUGGAGGCCUUGGUCCACAACAGACAGACAGAGCUGUGACGGUUCUUCUUUCACUCUCAUUAAUAAAAAAUAGAUCUCAACCCGCCCCCACA